AUGCCGGGCCUGCUGAGCCCCGCGGCGGGGGUCUCUCCGGGCCAGGCCGUGCCGGGGCGGGGAGGCGCUGCCUGUAUGACCGCCGCGUCGGCGCGGGGAAAAGGCGACCAUUUGCAUGCAGGAGCAUGUGGCCAUCGACGUGAUGCGGACCAUCUCUUCGGAGCCCAAGGAUCCAGCACAGGUCCCAGCCCUGCGCAGCCGCCCGCCAAGCCGCCAGAGGACAAGCCGGACGCCGAAGGCUACGAGCGGACGAUUGCAGUAAGUUUCCAACUCGCCGACUUCGCGCCCCUCCACUGGCUCGGGCUUGGCGGUUCCCGGCUUCGGGGUGCCCUCGGUCCCUCCCCCUCGCGUCGUCGCGUUCUGCCUUGGCAUAACCCCCCGCCGCGGGGCCGCAGACCCCCUAAGAGCUUCGUGCGCUCUCCGUGCCCUGCCCACCGGCCCCGACCCCGACUGGACCGGAGAGGUGGGAAGUUUGGGGGCACCCGCUGGGGGUGUCCCAUUUCCGGGGCUGGGCUCCGGGGAGCCGGCGCGGCGCCCGCUCCCUGCCCGCCAGCCCUUUGGGAGCUCAGGCGCGGGCAGCCGCUUUUGUUCCCGGGAAGGGCGGAGCUGCGUCCGGGGGAGACACGCGUUGCAGCCGGCAGCGUAGUCGCUCCCCGCUGGCCGGCCGCUCCGGGAGGGCCCCGCAGCGGAGGGUCGGGGCUGGGGCGAGUUGGGGAGGGGGCCCAGGGCUGGGGCCGGUUCGGCCUCCCGGGUGGCGCGUGGGCCGAGGAACUAGGAGGGACCGCCCGGCCGGGCCGCUUGUCCUUUGGAAAAACUUUGGCGGUUCCUCCUCUUGGUGUCCGUGGACCCCGCCGCGGCGUUCUCCAGGGCCGCGGACCUUUGCCCACCGGUUGCGCCCGCUGCCCCGGGGCAGAAAGGACCCCCCCCUCCUCCCGGACGGAGCCCCGAGCCCCAUGGAGCAGGCAAAUGCCGGAGUCCCGGGGCCGAGGCCCGACGGGAGGGCGCUCCCGGACCUUUUCCCGCCCCCGAGGAUGCAUGUCCGGCCAGGGCAGGGACUGGCUGGGAAACCGAGGCCGGAAGAGGUCGCAAUCCAGCGAGGAAUCGGUUUGUGUGGGGUGGAGGUGGGAUGGGAGACCCCUCCCCAACCCCACCAGCCCCAGCCCAGCUGUGGCCUCAGCCAUGUCACUCAGAAAACCAGCGUCAAACCCCACCCUGCCCAGGAUGUGGACCUUGCCUGGUGAGAGUUCUGCUCAGGCUUCCCCAGGGCCCCUCCACCGCGCAGCAGGGGUGUCUGCGCUGGGCCCCGGGCACUCACCAGGGCCUGCAGGCUGCCAGCCUGGAGUUUCCCUAGCAUCAAAUGUGCCACCGGAAGCUGCAGAUGGGGAUGACCAGUGCCCCCCGGGGCGAAGACCCCCGCAUCUCUCCAGGAUGGGGGGGGGUCUGCUUGGAGGUCCACUUAGGGGUGUAUCCCUCAGGCAUUGGAAGUGGGAAUGGAAGGCCCCGAGCCAUGGUGGCUCCCCCAGUCCCCAGUUCUUUCUCUGUGUAAAUCCAGCUUUGCAGGGACGGGGAUGUGGUGCAUUUCCCGGAAGAGCUGGGAUCCUGGGGCAUGGGUACAGUUUAGUCAUGCUCAGUACCUUCUACCUUCACACUGUGUGCAACCCAUCUCCAGAAGCCUCUUCAUCCUGCAAAAUUGAAACUGGACCCAUUAAACAACAGCUCCCCAUUCGUCCUCCCCCGGCCCCUGGCAACCGCCAUUCUGCUUCCUUCUCCAUGGAUGUGACUAUUCUAGGAACCUCAUAUAAGUGCAAUCAUCCAGUAUCUGUGCUUUUGUGUCUACCUUCUUUCAGUCAGCAGAAUGUCUUCAGGCUUCAUCCAAACUGCAGCCCCUGUCAAAACUUCCUUUUUCAGGCUGAAUGAUACUUGAGAAUCAAAAUCUCAUCUCCUGAACACUUCACCAGCAACAGCAUCUG